CUUACCCCCAUCCACCACCCACCUCAAAACGGUACAAAACGCAUACAGUUUUGUGAAUAUUUCUGUACCUAUAGACGUGUUUUCUUAGAACACGUAACAUGCCAUGGAUUCUAAUCUCGAAGACGGACUGUCCGGCACGUUUCCGAGAAAUCCACGGCCUUUAGAUUUUCUAACUGGAGCUUUGGCGGCAAAUACAACAAAAUUGGACGAAAAUGUUGAGCUUCAGUCACGGAUAGAAGCUGUGCACAGUGGUCGGACGCGGAAACCACGCGUAAAAUGGUCGGAGGAGGAAACAAAUAAUUUAUUACAAGGAUGUCGCGUCCAUGGAGUCGGAAACUGGAAGAAGAUACUCACAGAUGAACGGUUUCAUUUCAGCAAUCGUUCUCCUAACGAUCUGAAAGAUCGAUUCCGCACAAUUUUUCCCGAAGAGUACCGAAAACUGUAUCCAAAUGCUAAGACUCAUACAGGCCGGCAGCAAAAAAUAGCAUUAACGAGUGGUUUUUCAAAAAAGACUCGCAAAGAACGGCAACAGUUUACACCAGAAGAGGAUGAGCGGCUGUUGGAAGGCUUUUUUCUUCACGGACCUUGCUGGACCAGGAUUCGGAAGGAUGCUUCGCUUGGUCUACAGACGCGUCGUAGUACAGACCUGCGGGAUCGUUUCCGUAAUGCAUUUCCAGAACGAUAUGCAGCGGCAGGCUUCAAACUGAAGAACAAUCGCAAACUAAAAUCCCUUCAAACUGAUUCUAUGCUAGUGUCUAAUGGUGCCAACGGACCAAGUUCCUCUUUAACCACCAGUGCUGCUGCUGCUGCAGUAGCGGCUGUUGCAAGUACAGCAGCGGCAACAGCUGGUUCAUUUCUGCCACCCGCCGCUUCAACAUCGACUGCUCCUUCGGCGAGUCCAUCACCGGCAGCAGCUUCAGCCAGAGAAUUAUCUGGCGCCACUGCUACCGCUGCUACAUUGAACGAUGCUGAUGAACUCGACCUGGGGUGGUCAUCCCAGUCGCUUCCCUCCCAACUAUUCCAUUCGCAGCGCGUCUCAGACACCACAAACAAUCUGCUUUUGGGGUCUCAAAUGAACGAUCCGUUUGCGUCCGCAACCCUUGGAACGUUUCAUAAUUACGAACAGAUGUUCCCUCCGCCUCCUUCACAUGUAUCUGCUCUCACAGCACCUGCGAACACGCCUGGCGCAGCCCAGUCUCGAUCCACUUCCGCUUACACUCUCCUUCAGCACACCCUUCCUGCACAUCCCCCAGACUCUGCUGAUGCUCUCGGUCUCACCGAUUCGUCUCGAAAUGCUUCCCGGCAAGGCUCACAUCUUCAUCUGUCUUCCGACAGUUCCCCGUGGGACGACCGAGACUGAGUGGGGGUGUGUGGGACAACGACGAACCGUCCACCUGAAUCCCGCAUAUCCCACUGUAUCCCACUUGAGUUAUCCUCCUCCACAUAUCCCACUGUAUCCCACUGUAUCCCACAUUACCAUGCCAUGUCAUCUCAACAGGAUUACGCAAAGCAGCGGACAAGUGUAUUCUGGCGUGAAUUUCUAAAGUCUACGCAGCCCAAUCCACCAGGCAGUUCGGUUUCUGUAUUUC